AUGGUUACACAAGAAGGUUCGACUAAAUGUGUCGACGAUACUCUUCUGUGGUCUGAUGAUAUUGAAGAAAGUUUCCCUCAAGCUUGUCAUUGGUUGAAGAUUUGUGGAAAACAUGGAAUAACUUUGAACCCAGAAAAAUUCCACUUCGCGCAAGAUACAGUUGAGUUUGCUGGAUUCGAAAUAACAAACGAUAGUGUGCGCCCUUGCAAAAGAUACUUGCAAGCAAUGUUGGAUUUCCCUACACCAAAGAACAUAACAGACGUUCGAUCGUGGUUUGGCCUUGUCAAUCAGGUUUCGUAUGCAUUUAACUAUUCAACACAAUUUUUUGUCAUCAAUCAUGAAAGACGAUUUCGAGAAGACCUCUACACAGUAGAUGGUGUAGUCAUUUAUAAGGAUCGCAUCGUAAUUCCUCCUGCACUCCGCAAAAAUGUAUUGAUUAUCAUCCACUCAGCACACCAAGGUGUCACAUCAAUGAUGUCAAGAGCAGGGUCGUCAGUCUUUUGGCCUGGAAUAACCCCAGAUAUCACUACUCUACGCAAUGAGUGUUAUCAAUGCAAUCGAAUGGCACCAUCACAACCAUGUGCUCCACCAACACCACCUGUGUACCCAGAUUAUCCUUUCCAAUGUUUGUGCGCUGAUUUCUUCCAUUAUAAAGGCGUAAAUUACCUGGUAGUCGUAGACAGAUAUUCUAACUGGCCAAUCAUUGAGAGGGCCCACAAUGGUGCACAAGGUCUAAUUGAGUGUCUACGAAGAACAUUUGUUACUUACGGAAUACCCGAUGAGUUAUCUUCAGACGGAGGAACAGAAUUUACUGCCUCUACAACAAGACAAUUCCUUAUAGUAUGGGGAGUGCAUCAUCGCCUUUCAUCGGUUGCUUUUCCACAUAGCAAUUGCAGAGCUGAAGUUGGCGUAAAAACAGUCAAACGUUUAAUCACUGAUAACACUGGACCAAACGGUGAACUUGAAACAGAUUCUUUACAACGAGCAAUUCUACAAUAUCGCAAUACACCUGAUAGAGAAACAAGAUUAUCACCAGCUAUGUGUGUGUUUGGACGCCCAAUUCGUGACUUCAUCCCAAUUCUUCCUGGUCGGUAUAAACCGCAUGACACAUGGCAUGACACUUUAUCGAAACGCAAAGAGGCUUUGAGGCAUAGACACAUGAAAGUAGCCGAAAAACUUUCCGAACACACAAAACAACUACCUCCAUUGACUAUUGGCGACCAUGUCCGAAUCCAGAAUCAGAUUGGUGUGAAUCCAUUGAAAUGGGACAAAACAGGACAAGUUAUUGAAGUGAGACAAUUUGACCAAUAUGUAAUACGGGUUGAUGGAUCGGCCAAACAAAUAAAGCCAGUGUUACAUGAAUCAUCUCCUAAGGGCAAAACAAAGCUCUCUAGUGCUCCCUGCGCAGAAAAGAAUGUGCUCACUGAAGACUUGUCUACUUCACAAGACGAACAGAAUCACGAGGAUCGAGACUCUUGUCAAAAUGAGUCACACCCUACAGAUAUUGCGUUGAAUCAUUCACAACUACCCAACGUGCCAACAGCAACAGAGGGUAUGAAAACGCCCAUUUCACAAAGCAUUCCGUUGGAUUUGACACAAACUAAUUCUUCACCGCCUAAAGAAGCUCCAACUCCAAUCAGACAUUCCAGUCGUCAAAGAAAAGAACCGUUAUGGCUCCAAGAUUACGAACAUUAG